AUGAUAAACAGAAUCCCGUCCAUCGUGAACCGCACUACCGGUCUAGUGCACCUCGUACCUUCGCGGCAUAUACACAGGGCCACCCGAUCAGUGACCACAGCAUCAACGCGUACGGCAAUCAUCACCGGCGCCGGCCAAGGAAUCGGACGAGGAAUAGCUCUACGCCUCGCCCAAGAUGGAUUCGAUAUCUGCGUUAACGAUCUUUCAUCAAAUGCUAAGCAGGUCAAGGCAGUAGUAGACGAGAUCACUUCGCUUGGCGGACGCGCCAUUAGCGCCUUUGGAGAUGUAUCCAAACGUGCCGACGUAGAGGAGAUUGUGAAGAUGUCUGUUGAUACCCUCGGACCCCUCACGGUCAUGGUCGCCAACGCAGGUAUCGCCCACUCCAAGCCUAUCCUCGAUAUAACCGAAGAUGACCUUCGGCGAAUAUUCGAGGUAAACGUCAUGGGAGUGUUUAACAGCGAUACAGUAGCUGCGAAGCAAUUCAUGAAGCAAGGAACCAGCGGGAAGAUUCUCAAUGCCGCUAGUGGGACAUCAUUCCGAGCAGAUCAUCUCCUCGCGCAUUACAGUGCUACGAAAGCCGCGGUGCGAAGCUUAACACAUUCCUUCGCUAUGGAGCUCGGUCGUCAUCGUAUCACCGUUAAUGCCUAUGCCCCCGGAAUUGUGGCGUCACCUAUGUGGGAAGAGAUAGACAGGGGAAUGAGCGAGAUAAACGGUCUCCCGCUAGGUCAGAAUUUUUCUAGGUUUACCAAUUCGAUUUGUUUGGGACGGACGAGCGUACCGGAGGAUCCAGCAAAAUUGGUCUCAUUCUUAGCGGGUCCAGACUCGGAUUAUAUGACUGGACAGACUAUUGUGAUUGAUGGAGGGAAUGUAUUUGUGUAG